UCAACAUCAAUUCAAAGCGAACAAAGGUGAAAAAGCCCGCACGACCCGUUUCCCCAAAGUUCCCCCCCGUCCACGCUUAUGCUCGCUCGUUGCUCCUCCCCCCUCCGCGUCCUCCGCCCUCGCGACCCCGAGAUGGCGCGCGCCCUGCUGCGCGCCGCCCUCCCCUUCGCCUCCUCCGCCGCCGCCCUGCACCCCCAGACCGUCCGCCUCGGCGGCGGCGCGGCGUCGCCCCCGCCGCCGUCUCCGUUGGGAACUUCGCUGCUUGGGAGUAAAGUCGGGGUUUUUGGGGCGGGGAAUGAGAAGCGGUUGGUGGGUGUUUGUGGCAGGGUUUGGGCGUCGCAGAGGGAGUACAGGAAGGUGAGGAGGAGGGCUGCGAGGAGCAAGGAGAGGGAGCUCGAGCUCAACGUCGGCAUUUGCAUCGAAGGGGACUUACCCGAUGAUCCUGAAAUUCUGAGUAUUGCAGAACUACUACGUCUAAAUGUUCCGAUGGCAAUGAAACUAGCAUUUGAUGGCUUGAAGGAUGCAACUUACCAAACAAGAGACACUGCUAUAGACGAUGUCGGUGGAUUUCAAUGUGUGGAGUUGUCUGUACUUCUUUGCAAUGACGACUUUAUUCGGAAGUUGAACAAGGAGUGGAGGGACGAGGACCAUGCCACUGAUGUUCUCUCUAUGUCACAACACGUCCCGGAGCUUAAGCUCCCUAUACUUAUGCUUGGUGACAUUGUAAUUUCUGUUGAGACUGCUGCAAGGCAAGCCGAGGAAAGAGGCCACACUCUUCUCGAUGAGAUACGCAUCCUAAUGGUUCACGGACUGUUACAUCUUUUGGGUUUUGAUCAUGAGCUGAGCGAAGAGGCAGAAGCAGAAAUGGAGAAGGAAGAGGAACUUCUUCUGAAAAGCCUCGGUUGGAAAGGAAAAGGAUUAAUUCAAAGUGCAUAUGACUCUAAGACAGACAUAGAUCCCCAUGCUGAGAAUCCAGAUGCUGAUUUGCCAAAAGACAGGAAAAGAGAAGGCAGUCUUCGCUUUUACAAACCAAAAUUCAGCUAUAUCUUCUGCGACAUGGAUGGCACACUGCUCAACAGUGAAAGUCGGAUCUCUUUAACAAAUGCAAAAGCUCUGAAGGAGGCCUUGUCAAGGGGUGUCAAAGUGGUUAUUGCUACUGGAAAGGCACGUCCGGCGGUCAUUAAUAUCCUGAAGACGGUAGAUUUAGCUGGUAAAGAUGGGGUCAUUUCUCAGUUUACUCCUGGUGUCUUCGUACAGGGAUUGCUUGUUUAUGGUAGGCAGGGACGAGAAAUUUAUAGAAGAAAUUUAGAUCCUGAUGUGUGCCGAGAGGCGUUUAUAUACUCUCGAGAGCAUGGAAUUCCACUUAUUGCAUUCUGUGAGGAUCGUUGCUUGACGCUAUUUGAACACCCUCUUGUGGACUCAUUGCAUACAAUAUACCGUGAGCCAAAGGCGGAGAUCAUGCCCUCCAUUGAGGAUCUCCUGGGUGCUGCAGUUAUACAGAAAAUGAUUUUUUUGGACACCGCUGAGGGAGUGGCAACAAAUUUGCGGCCAUAUUGGUCAGAAGCUACUGGAGCUCGUGCUAAUGUGGUUCAAUCUGUGCCUGAUAUGCUGGAGAUUGUCCCCCCUGGAACCUCUAAAGGGAGUGGGGUCAGAAUGCUGCUUGAUCAUUUAGGGGUUGCUCCAAAAGAGGUAAUGGCUAUUGGUGAUGGGGAAAACGACAUAGAGAUGCUUGAGUUGGCAUCUCUUGGCAUUGCUCUCAGUAAUGGAUCAGAGAAGACCAAGGCCGUGGCGAAUAUAAUUGGUGUUAGCAACGAUGAAGAUGGCGUGGCCGAUGCAAUCUAUCGCUAUGCUUUCUGAGGCUCAAACAGAAGUUAUUAAAGUUUGAAGACAGAAAUUGACAGGUCUACAUUUCAUGGCUCGGGAUGAGCCCCCAAUUUUCCCCCAUUUGAUCAUACGUACUACUAUGCCUGAGGAACAGAGAAGUGUUCAAUAGCGCACAAGAUAGAAUGAACAUGUUCAACUAAAUAAGGGUCAUGGUUUUCGGUCAUUUUUCAAACCAGUUCAUGACUUUCCCGG